AAUAAUAAUAAUAAUAAUAAUAAUAGUAAUAGUAAUAGUAAUAGUAAUAGUAAUAGUAAUAGUAAUAGUAGUAUCAGUAUUACAGAGUCCUCUAACAACAAUAAUGGAAAUACGUUCAAUUAUAUUGGUAAUCUCAAUACAAUUGCAAACAACAAUAUAAAUAAUAAUAUAAAUGAAAACCAGAUCAAUAUCAAGAGUUUAAUACCGUCUAUAAGGAAUUCUAAUAUUAAUAACAUUAAUGUUAAUAAAAUUCUUGAAAAUUCAAAUAGUCAAAGAAAUAUGAAUCCCAUUAAUUUUAAUAAUUCGAUAAAUAAGUCUUUGGAUCAGCGACAGGAAAACACAAAUAAAUCACACAAUUCUACUCAGAGGAAUAAUGAAACGGUUAAUAUUUCAAAAAGUUUACAAGCGUUCUCCACUAAUUUUAAAACAAAUAUAACAGGAAUACCCAUGAAAACCACCGCAACAUCUUUACUAACAAAUGCAUCAAAUCAAAAUUUGAAUUCAGGAUCAAACAAUAUUCAAUUAAAUUCACAAAAUAAAUUACAAAACAAUUCUAAUAAAUCUUUCUUAAGUGUUGGAACAAGCUUACAAAAUAAUUUGCUAGCUAAUAGACCGCAAAACCAAAUCCAUUCAAGAAUGAAUACUAAUAAAAGUUCUAGGGUUCCUAUGAAUGAUAAUUACAAUAACAACAGUAUUAAAAAACAUGCAGUUCAACAAAAGUCUUUACCUAUUGAUCCAAAAUCGAUGAGUUAUUUGCAAGCAGAAUUGAUGAGACUAACAAAAGAUUUAAAAAAUCUAGAUUAUGAAACUAUCAAACAAAUUAUUACCAAAUCAUUAGCUAUUACAAUUAAUCAGGUAAAUACAAUAGGUAAAAAUAAGGGAAUUAAGGACCCAUUGAAAACGAUUAUUGAGAAAACUCCUACCAAUAUCACAAAAAUUUUAUCAGUUGCUUUGCAACAAAUUACACAUGAAGUGACAAAUGGUAAAGUGAAAUUUCUGCCUCCCCCUCUAACAACUUCGAAUGUGAAACCUAUUAUAAAAAAUAAUUCCAAUCCAUCUCUCACAACAUCAAAUAAUAGCUCAAGAACAAGAAACUAUAAUGGAAAUAAAUUAAAACCUUGUUCAAUUCCAAUAAUUCCUUUGAGCAAGCAGAUCAAUCCAUCUUCAAUUCCAUUAGUUAACACUCUGAAUAACAAUUCAAAUAUUAAAGAUUUUCCAAAUAAGAAUAUUGUAACAUCAAAAUCUGAACAAAUCUCUGACAUCAAUAAAAAUAAAACUAAUGGCAUUUCUAUAGAUAUCAAAAAAUCUACCUUGGUUAGGUCUCUUGGAGAUGUUACUCAAAGAAACUCAAUUAACAGCCCCUCAGAAAUUUUGCCAAACCUCAAAGUUUCUGAAGUUGUUUCAAAAGCUGGAGGUAUAUCAGGAACAAACUGCAAGACUGAAAUUUAUAAAAAUAGUAUUAUAGGAAAGGUUGAAUAUCAGAAUCAACCAGAAACUUCCAAAGCGUUAACCACUUUAAUAAUUCCUAAAAUGCCCCAUAAAGGAAAGUUUGGAAAUUCAGAAAAUGAAGAAGGCACUCAACCUAAAAUUGAUUUAGAAAACAAAAUUGCCAUAAAUCAUCUGAAAACAUUUGAUGAAAUUGGAAAAUUAAAGACAAAAACAAACGACAAUAACAAAUCAGAGGCUUCUAAAAAAGAAAUGAACAAAAAUGGGAUUGUGAAUAAUAAGAAACAAUCUACCCAGGUUGAAAAACCCGAGAGUACAAAAGAAAUGGCAAAAGUUCAAAUAAAUGAAGAAUCAGCAGAAAAACAACAACAAAUUUUGAAAGAAAAAGAAAAAAAAAUAGAUAAACAAAUAAUAGAAAAUCACAAUAAACUUAAUAAAAUUAUUAAUCAAACUAACUUAUCAGAUAAUUCAGUUGAGGCAAUAUCAACUGAAAAUAUAAGUAAUAAAACUAAUUCUGAAAAAUCAGUCAAGAUAGUGAAUAAUUGUAAAAUUGAUGGAGAUUCUAAUUCUGAUAAGCUUUAUGAACAGAUUGAUAUUGAAAAAUUUAACUCGGAGGUUCAUUACUUAAAUAAAGUCCUACAAUCUAUUUCGAGAGAUGGGAAACCGAUAGUUAGCGAUAUACCGCCCUUACCAACAGUCAAUUACAAAGAAAGUUUGCCAUUAAAUAUUUUAGCAAUGAGUCCCAAGAAUAGAACGCCUUCAUUAAUUGCGUUUGAAAAAAAAUUGGAUAAAAUUAUGGCAGGCGAAGAUCUCGAAAUAUUUUCGGAAGAUGAAAAUGCAAUAAUUGAUGAUGAGGAACCUAAUCAUAUUUCAAAUUUAACAAAACCAAAAAAAUUGGCUGUAAUUCAAGAAGAAAAAGAUGUUGAAAAAGAAAAUUUUCCCAAUAAAAUAAAUUUUAAAUUGGAGGUUGAUCCCAAAGCAGUUAAUGCUUCAAUUUUGCAAGACACAAUGAAUAAGAAAAACAACGAUGCAGCAGUUUUGGAUAAUUUUAAAAGUAGUGAAAAUAUUUCACUAUUAAAAGAUACCAAUACAAAAUUGAAAACUAAAGCGAAUAAUGAUAACAAUGAGAAAAAUCCAUCUGUUACAUUUGAAAUAAAAGAAAAAAAAACAAUUUCAGAAUCGUCAAAAUCUAAAAUGAAGAAAGUUGAAGAAAUUGAAACAAAUAAUAUUGAAAAAAAAACAAAUACCGAAAACAAAACCAAAACCGAAAAGUGCCACAAUUUGCAAGCCGUUAAUAAAUCAUCAUCUUCUUUAAAAACCUCUAGCAAAUCAGAAAUUCGCAAAGGAAAUCCAAGUGCUCAAAGUGGCGAAAAUAAUCCAAAUAACCCAAACACUGAAAACAAUAAAAAGGAGGUUAAUGACAAGAGUUUAAUUUUAAACAACUGGGGGAUCAUUCAAAACAAUGGUGGAAUUCAAAACAAAACAUUCUCUGUUAUUAAUAAUGAUAAUCUAGUAGAGAAUAAAAACAAUGAGGCAAAUCAAGACACUGAAUUAAAAGUUAAAACUGAAAAAACUGAAAUUGAUAUGGUUGCUUCUGAAACAUUGAAGAAAAUAACUGCAGAUAGUUAUGUUUUUUCAAUUACCGAAAAUCAUGAGAUUGAAAAAAAAGUAACCGAAAAUUUUGGAAAUGAAGUAAUUAGAAAAAAGAUUAACAAUAAAGUUGAAGAAAUACCUUUAGAGAAAUCCAAAAUAGAGAAUUUUGAGAAAAUGGAUAUAAAUAUUUCUGAAGAAAAAAAACUAAUAACAAGAGUAGCAAAAGAGGCUUCUUCAGUCGCUAAAAAUUCAAGUGACGAAAUAGACAUUGCUUUAGACAUGGAAAAUUUCGUUGAUGUUGCUGAAGAAAUUGAAAAGGGCAUUAUUGGAGUCGAAAAUGGGAAAAAAAUGAAUCAUCGUAAAAGAAAUAGAGAUAAAAAUGAAAAUGAACAAUUAGAAUUAGAAACUACCAAUAAGAUGCUAAAGAUAUAACUUUAAAUUUUUGUAUGGGCUUUUAUUGAUAGAAUUGUACUAUUAGAUAUAUUAGAUUUAAUUUUAGUUUUAAAAGGUAUCUUUAUUAUUUUUUUAAUUCUUCCCAAUUUUGAAAUAGAAUAAAAAAAUAUAGUAGUAUAAGAGAAUUUAUCGUUCGGAAGAAUGCCAUGAUUCUUAUUGAUCAAGCCGAGUUAUGGGUGAGAAACAUAAUUUGGCAUGAACAGCAAAUUGAUACAUAUGAGUGAUGAAUAAAGGAGAACCUUUGAUUGGUUUAAAACCAAUUUCAAAUGUGAUAAUUCUUUUGAGUUUCAGAAUUAACGAUGUACUUUGGCUUAUACUAUAAACCGGUAGAAAAACCCAAAGAGUUAUUAUAAUUCUUUCAUUCAGUUGAACUGAUAUUUUCAGCAGUUUUAGUUUCGAUUUUAUAGGGAAAACGAAAAUACAUGGUCG